GGCCAUAACGUGUUGUGAGACCAAAACAUUAGUAUUGCGCGUUGACGGGGUUGCAUUGUUCGUUUGUGUAAAUCUGUGAUAAGAUUUUUGAAAUUAGAAAUCCAUAUUUUAAAAUAGCGAACCGCGACAAUUUUUUUGUCAUUAAGCGGGAAAGCUGUAAUGGUGGCCCCAACACAAGUGUAAUGUGGUUUGUCAUCUCAUGAUUCAUCGUCGUGGCGGGAAAAUGACCAUGGAUGAGUUUCAUCCAUUCAUUGAGGCUCUGCUGCCGCACGUAAAGUCCUUUGCCUACACCUGGUUCAAUCUACAAGCUGCGAAACGCAAGUAUUACAAGAAGCAUGAGAAGCGCAUGAGCAUUGAUGAGGAGCGCAGGUGUAAAGAGGAAUUGCAGUGCGAAAAAGUUGAAGUCAAACAGAAAUGGGCGUCGCGCCUGCUCGGCAAGUUACGGAAGGACAUAACACAGGAGUGCCGAGAAGAUUUUGUGCUUUCAAUUCAAGGUAAACGACAGUCGUUGUGUGUGCUAAGCAAUCCGGAUCAGAAAGGUAAAAUUCGUCGGAUAGAUUGUCUACGGCAAGCUGACAAGGUGUGGCGGCUAGAUUUGGUCAUGGUUAUAUUAUUUAGGGCUGUCCCACUAGAGAGUACGGAUGGGGAGAGGCUUGAGAAAGCACCCGUGUGUGCAAACCAUCACCUAUGUGUUAAUCCUUACCAUGUCAACAUAUCUGUUAGAGAGCUAGACUUGUAUCUGUCGAAUUACAUCCUAAGAAGCCAACCGGUGAUGAUUGGUACUGAAAGUAUGCAAAGAAGGCGUGACAGUGACGAAGAAGUUCUAAGUCCAGGUGACUACCACACAGUCGCACUGACAUCGAGUGAAGACGGUGUACACGUUGGCGGUGUUUAUACGGCUGCCGAGCUGAUGAGAUGCACGCGGAUGUCAAUACUGGGUCCUCAGAAUGGAAUUCCAGCCAUAGUGAAAAUGGAAAACCAGAAUCAGCAUGGUAGUCCCAGUUACCCGCCUGAUCAACCCCUGGUCAUCAGUACAGCCGGCCACCAGAGUACGAUGCAUCAUCAUCGCUCGUCUCACCACGCGAGUCCGCCGGCCAAGCGUCGACGAACCACGACCGUCGGCUCCAUGUCGUCCGUCGACGACGAGAUUCGCAGCGUCGGCGACGACGACGACGCCGCGCAGACGUACUACGGUCGCUCGCCCGGUAGCAACGUGAGCCACUCUAGCUGGCACAGCGACACGACGGAACAACACGCUCAAGCGGUGAACAGUCCCGUUGGCAUGCCGUCGCCUCACGUCAUCCAGUCGUCGAAGGUGAAACACGAGGCGUCGAGUCAGGGCACAUACCAGCACGCCGACGGCGGCGUGCGCGUGAUGCCGGCGGCGGCUGCGGCGGCGGCUGCGGCAGCGGCGGGGGCUUCUCCCGGUAGCAAGGAGUCCGUGUGGAACCACGCGCUGGGCGUGGAGGGAGGCCCGCUCGCCCCCAGCCUGCACGCGCUGCCGACCGCUUACUUCGACGUCGCUCGUCACGGCGAUGCCGCGAACGGCGCGCGCGACAAGUUCGUUCCCUCCGCCAACCACGACAUCCUGCGUGACUUUGUCAACGUCGUGUGUCCCGAGGGCCAGUCGGGCGGCAUGCAGCGAGAGCAACGUCCCAGCAGUGAGACAGACGCGCAUUUGAUAUCGAGCGGAGGAGAGUCGAGCCCCUCGACCCCAACUCAUCAUAGUCCAUCAAAGCUUCCACAUCUGUUCCCCACCAUGUUACCACCGCCUCCCCCGCCGCCGAUGGCGCGACCCGUCCCCAUAGUGCGUUCCACGGCCGACUUGCGGAGUGGUUCGGAGGGGGGUGCGGAUUCACCGAGCCCGGACUCUUCGGAGUGUCGGCAGGCUCCUUCACCUACGACUACGUCUGCGACAACUAUGGGUUCGAUGAACACAGACUUCAUUAGAAUGAUUCCGCUAACGUCGAGUCCCGGCACGCCGCCAUUCAGUCGCACGGUGAUGGGCAGUCCGUUCGCAGCCAUUGGCAGCCGUGCCGAGCAUGGCUUCAUGCACAUCCAUCCACAGCCUCCCGGCGCAACACACUUCGGCACGGUUUUCAGCUACCCUAACCUGAGCCCGAUGCCGAUCAACCUGCCGAUGUCGGUGAUGAGCGGAGUCAUCAGUCCGACGUCGAUCAGCCUCUUCACGUCGCCCGUGACGACGCCACGCACGACGCCACGCUCUACGCCCGUGCCGCGCUGGAACCAGCCGUUCAUCACGCUCGAGGAUGCCGACUACGUCAUCCAGGGCCUGCUGCCCAACGUCAACCCCGACGACGCCCUGCUCAACGAAGAGGAGAGGUUCAUGAUGAUACAUCCAGCGAACGGAAGCCACAUCCUGGAGCAGCAUCACCAUCGCUCGGGCAACAGCGGCGGAGGCAGCGCGGCGGGGGGAGGAGGUGAAUCGCCUCCCCCUCAGUCACCCACGCGGUCCAGCUCCCAGUAGUAGGGGUAUCCAACUGCAUUCUUCUUCAGUACGUCGGACGAAGACACCGAUCAUUGAAACUUCACAGGAACGAGGAUUUCCUUUAGUGAACGAGAUUGCUUGAAGAGUUUUUAUUUGUUGUUAUUGAUCCCAGUGUUUAUUGAUACUAGAAAUAGGUGUGGAAUCUAAUGAAAUUCUGGAGGUAAUUAUCAGCGUUGCGUGCUGCAAACGCCGUCGCAUGUUUGCGAUGCUGUUUCUGCACGCAACCUGAGCUGGUGACAUGAUACACGUCUAACGAUACAUGCUAGCUCUAGCAGGCUGCUGUGCAAGCAGCUGCCAUGUUGUUCUCUCCCUGUCCAUGAAUCGUGGCGAACGGCUACAAGCGGCGGUGCGCAUGCAGAGAGCUGUGCAGUAGUAUGUGCAGGGCCACCCUUAAAAAAUGGUUUGUUUCCCCUUUACCUACUCGCCU